AAACGUCAUAGGGGCAGCCUGUAAACAUUCAUAAUCUGUAUUACCAAACAACGAUACUCUCUCUUUUUCUCUCUCCUCGUCCUAAAACAUUCAAUCAUUCUUCCCACUACUCUGUCAAUUUCUGUCUCCUCAAGAACCCUAAUUUUUUCCUGCAAUUUUUUCUCAUUUUUUUUUUUGGUUUUUUGAUUCUUUCUAUAGUGUGCAAGUAACAGUUUUAGACUUUUAGGGCACCAAUUUCAGCAAUUUCUUCAGAUCAAAAGCUCGUCACUCGAUUCAGUUUCUUUCAACAAUUACACACUCUUCUGUUCGUCAGCAUUUGUGAUUUGGGAGAAUUAUGCGCUCAUUUUAGGGUUACGCAUUGUUUAGGAUUUUCUCUCAGAGUUGUGUUUUGCCGGGUUUUUUUAAAUUCCGGCGAAAAUGGCGACUGAUUUACCGAUGAGUCCCCAGAUGGAGCAGAUUCAUGGCGAACUUCGUGAUAAUUUCCGAGCUCUUGCCAAUGGGUUCCAGAAGCUUGACAAGGUCAAAGACCCCACUAGACAAAGCAAGCAGUUGGAAGAACUUACAGGAAAGAUGAGAGAAUGUAAAAGGUUGAUCAAGGAGUUUGAUCGGGAAAUUAAAGACGAGGAGGCCAAAAAUCCGCCUGAAGUCAACAAGCAACUAAAUGAUGAGAAGCAAUCCAUGAUAAAAGAACUAAAUUCAUUUGUGGGCUUAAGGAAGACGUAUAUGAGUAGCCUUGGCAAUAAGAAGGUAGAACUGUUUGACAUGGGAGCAGGAACUAGUGAACCAACAGCUGAAGAUAACAUUCAGAUGGCUUCAUCAAUGACAAAUCAACAGCUUAUUCAUGCUGGGAAUAACACAAUGGAUGAGACUGAUCAGGCCAUUGAGCGCUCUAAACAGGUAGUUGCACAAACACUUGAUCAUGGAACUGAAACAGCAGCCAAGUUAAAGGGCCAAACUGACCAAAUGGGUCGUAUUGUUAAUGAGCUGGAUACAAUUCAAUUUUCACUCAAGAAGGCAUCUCAGCUGGUGAAGGAGAUUGGUCGGCAGGUUGCCACUGACAAGUGUAUCAUGCUUUUUCUCUUUCUUAUCGUCUGUGGUGUCAUAGCCAUUAUUGUUGUGAAGAUUGUGAACCCAAACAACAAAGAUAUUAGGGAUAUUCCGGGAUUAGCACCUCCAGCCCCCGCAGCAAGGAGGCUGUUGUAUGUGAAGGCCGCUGAACAUUUUGGGUAGAUUUGCUGCAAUUGAUCUCUUCCACACUUGAGUUUGGAUUGUUGGUUACGCUCUCCUAUAGUUUGUGCAUAGUGAGUUUGUGUCGUCUGUAAAUCAUGUAUCAGAGGUUUUUGUUUAUCCUUUCGGCAGUUGCAUUCUUUCCCCCCAAAAACGAUGGCUUUUCAAGAUCUGUCAUAUCCACAUUCAGAUUGUUUCGCUGUCAAUAUUUUUAUCCUAUGCGUGUAUUAGCUAGCCACACGACGUUCAGAAUAUGGAGUAAAAUUGUGUUCAUUCUUUUCACCUUAAUCAAGUGUCGACAUUCUUUUUAUUUUCCA